CAUCGCAUCAAUUCGUUUUUCAUCGUUCUCCCAUCUUCGUAUCCGUUCUCAUUUAUCCGCUUUGCCGCUUAUCGCGUACCGGGCAAAGGCUAAUAGAGGCCUCGAAGACCUGCAACAUGCGAUUACUCUUUUUCAUUUUUGACGAAUUUCGUAAUAGGGAUCGCUUGCGCUUUUCAGGCAUCCCGAUCAUUCUAACACUUUGCAGCCGAGGAAUGUAGGCGACGAAAGUACGGAUCAGAAUAAUAAUAUAACUAUGACGAGUGAGGAUUUGCUGCAGCCUGGCCAUGUGGUCAAAGAACGCUGGAAAGUCGUCAGAAAGAUAGGAGGUGGUGGAUUUGGUGAGAUUUACGAAGGCCUAGAUUUAAUGACCAGGGAGCAAGUUGCACUAAAAGUUGAAUCAGCUCGCCAACCAAAGCAGGUUCUUAAGAUGGAAGUAGCAGUAUUGAAGAAACUUCAGGGUCGAGAACACGUGUGCAGGUUCAUAGGCUGCGGUCGUAACGAUCGAUUCAAUUACGUCGUAAUGCAGCUACAAGGGAAGAAUUUGGCAGAGUUGCGUCGUGCUCAGCCUCGAGGUGCUUUUUCGUUGUCUACCACACUUCGUUUAGGACUUCAGAUUCUUAAGGCGAUAGAAAGCAUACAUCAAGUGGGCUUUCUUCACAGAGAUAUUAAACCGUCUAAUUUUUCCAUCGGACGACUUCCGCACAACUCGAGGUUGGUUUAUAUGUUAGACUUUGGUCUAGCUCGUCAAUUUACAACAGGCACCGGUGAAGUUAGACCACCUCGUAGCGCGGCAGGAUUCCGAGGAACCGUCCGGUACGCAUCGGUGAAUGCGCACAAAAAUAAAGAAAUGGGCAGACACGAUGACCUGUGGUCACUAUUUUACAUGCUAGUAGAGUUUGUUAAUGGACAACUUCCAUGGCGGAAAAUAAAGGAUAAAGAACAGGUGGGCCUGAUGAAAGAAAAAUACGAUCACCGUUUACUCUUAAAGCAUCUUCCUUCCGACCUUCGUGUCUUUUUGGAACACAUUCAGAGUUUAGGAUAUGAGCAUAACCCGGAUUAUGCGAUGCUGGCUAAUUUAUUCGAACGUUGUAUGAAACGUAGAGGAGUGAAAACGAACGAUCCGUACGAUUGGGAGAAGCCAUUGAUAUCCAACGACAGUUUAUCAACUACCAGGUCUCUACCUACGGUUGUGAUAGCUCCAGUACUGACCACAGCGACUACGAUCAAUCAACCACCAACCACGCCAAACGUCGAUACGAAUAACCAAGAAAACGUCGAACCCGACAACAGAAAGGAAUUAGACGCACAAAUGGAUUACGAAAGUAUAUGUAGGAGAAAUAAACAACGGGGAGUAGAAGGUUCUUCGGUGCCGUUCACAUCGGCUAUCAGUAAUCACGGUCGAGAUAAAAACUGUAAUGCCACGAUACCCACGAUGGACAACAGUCAUCAACAACAACAAACUGGACAACAAACUCAAGACUCGCCUAAAAAGAGGCGUGCAGUGUCGAUGGCUGCGGAACCUCAAACAGGCGUGGUAACAACGGAGAAACAACGGGUGGACAACGAAGGCGACGCGUUAAUGGCAUCCGCUCGUUCCGCUUCAGAAGUUCCUCGGAACAAAAUCGGUGCCAAUGCUGCAGCACCGUUAAGAAAAUCUGCAAGUGGCGCAACAUUUGCACGAUUACGCGUCACACCUGCUCCUGAAGCACCUGCACCUGGCGAACCACCCAGUCCUCGAGUACAAACCGAAGUUGAUGCUUCUUACUGUUCCUACGAUGUUACCACUAAUCCAAAAAACGUUGGCAAUCAGAGUCCUGUCACGGAACAGAGAGAACCGUUAAAAAGAGAACCGCGAAGAAGAACGGAUGGACGUCAACAGAUAAGAGCUAUUCGUACCGUGAUUAGGGACUGUUCUAUCACUCAGUUCGCACAGAUAGACGACGACAACGUGUCAGCGUUGCAACAAGUAACGAAAGGUGGCGGUGGCUUGACUCUGGUCUCCGAGUGGAAAUCACAGUUCGAUGAUUCCGAAGAGACCGACAACGAAUGGAAAGGAGAGAAUUUACAAAGUCCCGAGCAUAAAGGGACCAACGUGCCGGUUAUGGUUCCGCAGUCAACAGUUGGAAGUGACGCGGUGACUAGCGCAACUUCAGUGCCUCCGUCUAUCGAUGCGAAAACGACGAAGGUUCAAUCAUCAUCAGUGACAACGUCGGUCGCGCCUCAACAUACGCUAAUACCGACUGCCUUGUCUCGAAUAAGCGAAGACUCUCCAAAGCCCGUUGCCCCUCCCCACAGAUGUUUAAAUAUCGCUGGUAUCGAGAAAUAUCCAGACCUCCAAAGGGCACUUCCACGCGCUUGGAGCGUUCCCGCCUUAGCGUCGCAUGUUCGCGCUUAUCUCGAAGCACCGUUGGUUCAACAGGCUGCAUUCGACGAUUUGUUGUACGAGGUUGACGUGAUGAGAAAUAUAGCGACGCGUUACGACGAACCAAGGCAGAGUCCUUCACCGCGAAGAGCAAGCGUACCGGCAGUUGCUUUCUCGCCUCCUAACACGGUACCUAGUACCCCCGGUGGGGAAGAGGAAGAGGAAGCGGUAGCAGGAAGACUGGAGAUUAGGGUAGUUGACGCGACUGGUGGUGCUACCGUUGUGCAAACCACCGCGGAUAGGGAACCAUUGCAAAGAAAAAUGACAAACGGUACAGCGGACAGCCCGGCUAGUCCUAAUCCAGGAAUGGAAGAACCAUCGAUUUACGAUGAUGCCGUUGAAAAUCGAGCACCUGCCGAUGAUGUGGUGCUUAAGGAGAACAGCACUGUCACUGCCUCGACCACUAUACCGAACGUAGUACCACUCCGUGAAUAUAAGGACAAUAAAGAAAAGGAGGCUCCUUGUAGGACUCUACAUAAUACUGUCAGUAAAAUUCCAAUUCCGGUUAAAAGUCCUCGAUGUUCGCUAUCAGAAUCGACGCCAGAAACGAAUACUCAAAAUACCAGGAGUGGCGUGGGAAAUGAAGUAGAAAAAUCGUCUACACCUACGGCUAUAACCAGGGAAAAAGAUGCUACUGUCAAAGGCAAACGCUUGACAGUGGAGGUAUCACGACGCUGCUUGGCAUUGCCCGAUGAACCGUCGAUCUUUUCACCUUUAACGUCGGCUAAUGCGAUAGAAGAUGAACAUUUAAUUGGAUUUACCCCAGCGUUACUUCGUCGAAGACAAAGUGAAAAAUACGUAACCGAUGCCAGUCAACUAAACCUGCGAUUUCAAAGACCACAACGCAGGUUGUUACCUAGAUAUAAUCCUAGAGGAGUUCCUUCGCAUCUUUUGGGAGAAACGGCUAAGCGAACCGAAGAGAGCAGCGAUAACGACUCUGAUAGCAGUGGUCCGCCGAAUGCUCAACCUCCACCACCUCCUACGUCUCUGCCACCACAUGUUGCAGAAAACAAUGCUAGAUGCCGCAGAUUUCGACCUAUAUCGAACGCGACAAUAAUCAGCAGAGAAUCGUGAGGUAUAGCAUUUACGAAACCGACCAAAUCGACUCUUUCUUUCUAUCACGAUCGACACAAACUUGACGAUCUGCUCGUUCGAAUCUCUGGAGCCUGUUUAUCUCCCCGUGCAACAGGAGGCAACGAAAUAACCAUUCGACGAAAUAGUCAUUUGAUCGAGUCGAUGAUUCGAGUCAAAGUGUCGUGGCGUAAACCUUGUUAAGAAGACAAGACCUCCGUGGAGGGAAAGUAUCAGAAAUCUUAUCUCUACGUGAGAAACCAUUGCUUUUUUUCUUCCUUUUUCUUUCUCUUUCUCUUUUUUUCCCUUAGAUAAAGCAACCUUGGUUAAAAUGUGUUUGUUACACGUUCCAGAGCAAAAACAAUAUGUAACUCGACGGAACAUGGUGAAUUUUAUAAGUUCUG